CUCAGCCGGUUCACUUGCCAGCAUGAAGAGCGACGAGAUCAUUGAGAAAAUCCGGAACAAGUUGAAGGAAUCCGAUCCUUCUCGGCGGACCGUGGUCAAUACUUUUCAGUUUAAUUUUACCGACUCGGAUGGCAAUCUCAUUAAGAGCAUGGUCUUUGAUUUCAAAGCCCUGGACAUCUACGAGGGGUGUACCUCAAACGUGGAUGGACAAGUGACCAUUUCUGAUGAUGAUUUCUACUUGGUAGGAACGAAGCAGAAGACUUUCCAGGAGAUUCUGCAGCAGGAAAAGGCAAAGAUAGGCGGCGACGAGGAAGCCAUAAACAAGAUGCUGGAGAAGUUUCGUAUAAAUACGCAGAACUAGGGAUGUAACAUAUCGAAAAUAUUACGUUUUAUAACUAUAUAUAUGUAAAAUGGGAACAGACAGCAUUUAACAUUAAAAUAUCAUUAUAACCGAAAAAAAUAUUUCCAAUGUAAUUAGAUAAACAUCGAUGGCAUUAAAUAUUUUUUUUGCGAAGUAUAUUAUAAAUUAUCCCAUCUUCAGCUGCCCCAUAUAAAUUGC